AUUUACUGGUCCCGCGCUCCUUACGGGUGGAGGUGGGGCUCACCAGAACCCUAUUUGUGUCGGAAACCAAGGAGCCAAGCGCCAACGACCUAACUGGACUGACUUCUAUUACAAGGCUGGGGAGGAGAGAGCAAAGGGUGCGCUUUAAAGACCAGAAUACCAUCCUCCGAAGACAUCACAGCAUUCCUCCCAAAGGACGGCGGCUACACGCGCUCCCUUACACCCUCCAAGAAUGUGGGAGGUUGCAGGAUCCGCGAUGGGGGAUGGGGAGUGGAGCUUCCCCGAGUCCGAGGGGAAAAUAGGAAUGGAACCGAGGCGAGAACGCCAAGCCUGCGAGGACGGUAAUCCGCACAGCACCACGUCAGGGAAAAAAGGGGUCGGCCCCGCCACCCCCAACCCGGCGCGCCCCCCGCGCCCCCGCGCGAGCGCGAGUCGCCGGCGGAAGUGCUGCGUCGCGCACUUCCGGGUGUUGUCUGGUUGCCGCCGCCGCGCGUCUCCGGUCUCCUGGCCGCCGCCGCCGCCGCCGCCGCUGCCGCCUCGGGUCCCGGAGCCAGGAGCGACGUCACCGCCAUGGCCGGCAUCAAAGCUUUGAUUAGUUUGUCCUUUGGAGGAGCAAUUGGGCUGAUGUUUUUGAUGCUUGGAUGUGCCCUUCCAAUAUACAACCAAUACUGGCCUCUCUUUGUUCUGUUUUUUUACAUCCUUUCACCUAUUCCAUACUGCAUAGCGAGAAGAUUAGUGGAUGAUACAGAUGCUAUGAGUAAUGCUUGUAAGGAACUUGCCAUAUUUCUUACAACAGGCAUUGUUGUCUCAGCUUUUGGGCUCCCUAUUGUGUUUGCCAGAGCACAUCUGAUUGAGUGGGGAGCUUGUGCACUUGUUCUCACAGGAAACACAGUCAUCUUUGCAACUAUACUGGGCUUUUUCUUGGUCUUUGGAAGCAAUGAUGACUUCAGCUGGCAGCAGUGGUGAGAGGAAUUACUGCACUAUUGUCAAGUGGACUUCUUGUCAUUUGUUGGCCAUCCACGCGCACAGGAGCUGGGGCAGGGAUGCUGAGUGGCACAGCAAGCCUCUUGGGGGUAUUCUAGGUGCUCCCUUCUCACUUUUAUUGUAAGCAUACUAUUUUCACAGAGACUUGCUGAAGGAUUAAAAGGAUUUUCUCUUUUGGAAAA